UAUUUGCUGACUCGCGAAGCCUCGACCAGAAACUCCGCAGCCACUACAGCUGGUUUGAGCUUAUGCAAAUGUAUGAUAAAAUCGCCGACUGCGUAUAUCUGUUUAAUAAAAUUUAUGCCGGACAGGUGUUUUUCAUGUUCCAGUCUGGUUUAAACUGCACUAUGCUACUUAUUUGUCGAUUUUUGUCGCCUUCAUUAAAGGUAGAUAAAGGAUAUUUAAAUCAAAUUCAAACAAUGUUCGAUCUAGUCCAGACACGGAAAAUGGAAGUAACUACUAAUAUUUUUCCAGUAAACCUGCAGACUAUUUUGAACUUUUUCGGACGACUUAUUUCCUUCACUGUUCUUAUGAUACAAUACUUUUAUAUGCACGUGUUUAAUGAAUAA